CAGGUGUAGCUAAUUAUGGAAGCAAAAACAAAUUUUAAGAAUACAUCAAUUUUACUUUUUAUGGCUCUUACACAAACUUACACCUUACACAAAAACAAUCCAACGUGCACUCCGGUGCAUUACAAAGUGCACCAUAAAGAAGUCAAGAUAUUGAUAACACUACUGGCCUUGCAGUCCUCUUUUGAAACUAUAAUGGAGUUAUUCAGUAGAAUAGAAAAUCCAGCUAGUUAUAAAAUCAAUGAAGUCAUGAGAUUGAGACCAGGAGCUAAAGCUGGAUUAUGGUGUGCUUUAAUACUCCCAUUUGCCAUGAUCUUAUCUUGUUUAAAAUACCAGGAAUUGGUAUCUAGAAGCUAUGUAUUAACUACAACUUCCGCAGUGGUGUCAUCCACCUACUUAUUCAUGAACCUGUAUGGUACAAGGCCAAUCCUGGCACAUGCAAUUGUGAUAGCUGUAGCUACCUAUGGCUGUUUGGUAGCUGGGUUUGAUCUGAUAACUGUAAUUUAUUGGACAGGUCUUUUUAUAAUCAUCAACAUGCCAAGUUAUUUGUUAUUAUGUAAACUCCUUGAUCGAUUUCCCUAUAGCUUCUCAAUUGGUGAAGCAAUGCUUGUUGUUCAGGGUACAAGUCUUUUUGUCUUUGUUACAAUCUCAAAUUGUCUGUUGAAUAGCAGUAACUUCAGUACUGUGUUUUGUCAGAUUUUUCUUUUUGCCAGUGGAAUUUUUCUUCUGGGAACUGAUAUGAUUCCCCAGUUCCAACAACUCUUACCUUUCAGCCUACUGUUUCUCACCAUGAUGGGAACUUUGACAUUACCUGUCCUUUAUUUGGUCCUAAAGAAAAACCCUAUUAUUUGGUUUUUGAUAGACUUUAUUUUUCUGAAAUCAACAAGGGUAUAUCUAAUUCUAUACUGGUUUGCUUGCACCCUGUUGGCCCUAAUAAUUGCAUGGCGCUUCGGUAGUGGAUCUUCGGUGAAGUUAACGGUUCUUCGCAAAUAUUUUCACGGUGUCAUAAUCGCCGUUUUUUUGCCUGGAAUUUUCUUUGACGUGGAACUACUCUUUGUGGCCUCUGUAUUAAUUUUGGCUGCGUUUCUUCUGUUGGAGGCGUCUCGCCUUUACAAUCUGGAUUACGUGGCGGACAUUCUGAACAAGAACAUGAUUGGAUUCCUGGAUGAAAAGGACCAAGGAACCUUAAUACUUACGCAUAUUUACUUACUGAUUGGCUGUUCGUUGCCAAUCUGGAUAUUUCCUCUCAAAUCGGCAACCGACUCAACAGACAACCUACUUUUAUGCUCUGGUAUAAUUUCACUUGGAAUAGGAGAUACAGCUGCGAGCAUUGGUGGAACAUUGUGGGGAAAAACUAAGCUCCCCGGUAGCUCGAAAAGCAUCGAAGGGACAAUAUGCUCCAUCAUAGCAGAAGUUCUUUUCAUACUUGCCUUGUUCAAUUUCGGUAUGUUUGGAGUAUCUUCCCAUUUACCGUGGUUCAGCUUUAUCGUUUCUACCGUAGUCACUUCGCUUGUCGAAGCUUGUACGUCUCAAGUGGAUAACCUGGUUCUGCCAUUGGUCAUGUACAUCGUUUUGAUAAUCUAAUAACAUUUUUUACUUGUGUAUUUUCUUGAAACUGGGGAGCUUUGUUAUUGUUUUCCCUUACAUUUGUUUGUUCUGCCAUUCCUCUAGUGAUAAAUGUGUCUAUGUUGGCAUAAUAACUAGAUUUUGACGCUACUUAAAUCCACCAAAGAUUUGAGAUAAUGCAUGAGACUUGUAUAUCGACUGCCAUGCAAUGAUAUUUCCCUUCCAUGUCAUAUAUGUGAUAAGUUAUCUGUUAUAACCAUAUUGUCAGCGCGUUAGUAAUUACUGCGUUUCUGUCAUGACAAAGGCAAAUUAUUUUGGUCGGAGCAGGCAAUUCUCAAGAACCAGGGGCGUAACCCUCUAUUUCUGGUGUUGUUGAUGGACUCAUGGCUAAUGCUACUCGUUUCCCGUUUGCCAAUCCAUGUUGAAAUUGCAAACAGUUGCAUAGACGUUCAUAAGACAAAAAUAGAAGCUUGUAUAUCCUUA